AUGCCCGGGCUGGCGAUGCCAGGGAAGGCAGCGGAGGAGCCGCCAGGUCCCGGCAGAGACUGCUCACAAGAGGGGCAGGAAAAGCUGCACAGGAAAUCUAGGGAAAUCCUGUCCACAGUGAGCCUCAAGAUCAGCCUGCUGGUGGUUGCCUGUCUCAUUUACCCCAUUGUGCUGGUGUCCUUCAAGCAAAUGACAGACUGGAUACACAAUUAUGCCAGGAACCUCAAGGAGAAGACAGAGGACUUGAAAAGGGAGAGGCGCCUGGCUGAGGACCUCUUGCACCAGAUGCUGCCAAAGUCUGUGGCCAAGCAGCUAAGGAAAUGCCAAAGAGUUGAGGCAGAAAACUAUGACCAGGUGACGAUCUUUUUCUCUGACAUCGUGGGCUUCACAAGCAUUGCUGCCUCCUGCACUCCCCUGCAAGUGGUUGAGAUGCUCAACAAUCUGUACGUCUGCUUUGACACCAGGAUUGAGUCUUAUGAUGUGUACAAGGUGGAAACCAUUGGGGAUGCCUACAUGGUAGUGAGUGGCCUGCCAGAGAGGAAUGGCACCAGACACGCCGACGAGAUUGCCAAAAUGUCCCUGGAUCUGGUGGCAGCAGUGCGGCAGGUGGUGAUCCCUCACAUGCCAGCAGGCAGGCUGGAGCUGCGGGCUGGGAUCCACACAGGGCCCUGUGUAGCUGGAGUUGUGGGGUACAAAAUGCCUCGUUACUGCCUCUUUGGGGACACUGUGAACACAGCUUCCCGCAUGGAAUCCACCAGCCUGCCUGACAGGUUCAUGUAG